AUGGCCCCGACCGUGGAUUCGGCCAUCCUCGCCGCCCUUGGCCUUGACCCCGACACAACCAAGCAGGCAUCACACGGCGGCUCCGGCUUCUCAUCAACCUUCAAGAUAUCGGGCACCAAGGAUGGCAAAGAGGUGAGGUACUUCGUCAAGACGGGGACCGGCACGGACGCAAAGGUCAUGUUCGCCGGCGAGCACGAGUCCCUAAACGCGAUUCACAACGCCGUCCCGAACUUCUGCCCCGAGUCGCACGCCAACGGCGAGCUCAACGACUCGCCAGGCAAGUUCUUCCUCGCCACCGACUUCCUCGACCUGCGAGGGUCCGGCCCCGAGGGCUCUGGGCUGUCCCUGGCGCAGAAGAUGGCGAAGCUGCACACCACCGAUAACUCGUGGAAGGAGUCGUGGGCGGAUUUCUACGCGAACAACCGCCUGCGGCCCAUCGGGAAGCAGUGCGUCAAGUCGAACGGGAAGGACGGUGACUUCGAGAAGGCCUUGGAAACCGUUGCUGCAAAAGUUGUUCCAAGACUGAUCGGGGAUGACACGGUCAAGGGAAUCAAGCCGGUGGUGAUCCACGGCGACCUGUGGAGUGGGAAUCACAGCCGGGGCAUUAUCGCGGGACAGGGAGGGGUUGAAGAAGUCGUCUAUGAUGCCUCUGCUGUCUACGGGCAUUCAGAAUAUGAACUCGGGGACAUGCGCAUGUUCGGAGGUUUUGGCGGCUUCUGGAAGGAGUACGAGAAGUUGAUUCCCAAGGCGGAGCCAAGGGAGGAGUGGGAGGAUCGGGUGGCGCUUUACGAGUUAUAUCACCACCUCAACCACUUUGCCAUGUUUGGUGGUGGAUAUAGAGGCGGGGCUAUGUCAAUCAUGAAGAAGCUCAUCUCGAAGUAUGGAUAA